CCGCAGGUCACGGCCCCGCGAGGCGACCGCGGCCCCGCCGCACCGGAGCAGUGGUACAGGCAUGGAUGGGAAGAAAUGCAGCGUGUGGAUGUUUUUACCUCUUGUAUUUACUUUGUUUACUUCAGCUGGAUUAUGGAUAGUAUACUUUAUAGCUGUGGAAGAUGACAAAAUUUUCCCAUUAAAUUCAGCUGAAAGGAAGCCUGGUGUGAAGCAUGCACCAUAUAUAAGUAUUGCAGGUGAUGAACCUCCUGCAAGCUGUGUGUUUAGUCAAGUUAUGAACAUGGCAGCGUUCCUAGCACUUGUCGUAGCUGUUCUCCGCUUCAUACAACUGAAACCAAAGGUUUUAAAUCCAUGGCUGAAUAUUAGUGGACUGGUGGCGCUGUGUCUGGCUUCCUUUGGAAUGACCUUACUUGGUAAUUUUCAGCUCACGAAUGAUGAAGAAAUCCAUAAUGUCGGAACUUCCUUGACCUUUGGAUUUGGCACGUUGACCUGCUGGAUCCAGGCUGCGUUGACACUCAAAGUCAACAUCAAGAAUGAGGGACGGAAAGUUGGGAUUCCACGAGUUAUUCUCUCAGCAUCUAUCACUCUGUGCGUGGUCCUCUAUUUCAUCCUCAUGGCCCAAGGCAUCCACAUGUAUGCAGCCAGGGUCCAGUGGGGUCUGGUCAUGUGCUUCCUGUCUUAUUUUGGCACCUUUGCUGUGGAGUUCCGGCAUUACCGUUAUGAGAUUGUCUGCUCCGAAUACCAGGAGAAUUUCCUGAGCUUCUCAGAAAGCCUGUCCGAAGCUUCUGAAUAUCAAACCGACCAGGUGUAACCUAUCAGUUUUCCCUUGCCGUUGAGGUGGGUGUGGUGUGGGGAGGGGCCAGGACACGCCCACAGGACUUGGUACAGAACCUCAUAACAACAUUUUACACACACGUUCUUGGCCACAUUUGCCAAAUGAGCUUUUCAGGGCAAAUUAUUUCUUUAACGAAUAAGCACAAGCCCUUUUGUGUCGAAACACACGCUGUUACACUGAAAAUAUAUGCACGACAGAGCAAGAAGCUUGUGCGUGAUCACUUCUUUUUUCCCUCUCUCUCCCAAUUCUCCCUGCUCUUCUCAUUGUCUUCACGUAUUUCAGACAUCGUGUUCACCCUACCACAGAGUAGGGCAGGCCAAAUGUAUCAUGGGAAUAAUGCCAACUCCCAAAGUUGCCUUCAGAUCCAAAGGGCUUGGAACCAGCUCAUGAGGAAGUUCUGAAUCUGGCACUUGAAUGGAUUGAGUAUCAUCUAACUGGAUGGAAACAGAGACGUGACCCUGUGUGACCUAUGGAAUGGCCUGGGGUCAAGAACUUCCCCACAAAAACUCCCUUCAUCAUUGUUCAGUGGUUGGUUGUGCGGAGUCAAUGAAAGGAAUAUGCUACAAGCCCACUACCACGAUUUGGACUUUAUUGUAACUGAGAAAUACUUCCAAAUGUGAAUAUUUGUAGGGACAUGGUCUGCGAGGCACAGAACAAGAUAGGGGCAGCGAGGGCACACUUUUGUUUUUGUUUCUGUGAUGUGCCAGU